GGACACGUCAACACGUCCCUCUAAAAAAAUCCCGCUCUCCGCGCAGGCGCAGAUCCGCUCACAGCAGACAUGGUGCUACUCUCGUUCAGGGCUUCAGACCGAUCCCCCGAGCUGUAAGAUGUCCACGGUGUUGUUCUCCUCGGUGGUCCGGGUCGGGGACGGCCUUCCUCUCUCGGCCUCCACCGACUACGAGCAGGACAAAGAGCUGCAGGAAACCAAGCGGCACCUCAAGGCUCUCUCCAAGAAGCUGGGCCAGUUCCCCGACCGCUGCACGCUGAAGACCGGGCCCUACAACGUCAACUUCACCAGUGCUCUGGGUGUGGGCUACCUGAUGGUCUGCACCUCCAGCUACCCCAAUGUUCUGGCCUUCUGCUUCCUGGACGAGCUGCAGAAGGAGUUCAUCGUCACCUACGACUCCAAGAGGAUCCGGAGCGCCGUGCGGCCGUACUCCUUCAUCGAGUUCGACACCUUCAUCCAGAAGACCAAGCAGCGCUACAACAGCCCUCGGUCUCUGUCCACUAAGAUCAACCUGGCCGACAUGCAGACGGAGAUCCGUCUGCGACCGCCGUACCAGCUGAGCCCUGAGGACCUGCAGGCCGCCAACGGGUUCUCUGUGCACACAGCCUCCAAGUACAAAGCCCCCUCCCAGGUGCUGCAGCCCGUGGUUCUCUCCGGCGUCGUGUCCUGUGUGCUCAGCCUUCUCUGUGGAGGCCUCAACCUGCUGAGAGGAGUCCACGCCAUCGAGAGCAUCCUGCAGAACGACGAUGAAGACUUUAAUUAUGUGAUUGCGUUCUUCCUCGGAACAGCGGCCUGUCUGUAUCAGUGCUUCCUGUUCGCCUCGUUCUCCGUGUGGAGGAACCUCAAGUCGUUCCUGGCGUUCUCCCUCAUCUGCCUGUCCAACAUGUAUCUGUACGAGCUGAGGAACGUGUGGCAGAUCCUGUUCCACGUGUCCGUCGGCGCCUUCAUGGCGCUGCAGAUCCGCCUGAGGCAGCCGCUGGGCAAAGCGCCGGACUACAACGUCUGACGGGUCCUCUUCUUCUCGUCUCUGAGCGGGGGGCCGCCGCCCUGCAGCACUUGUUGUUGUUUUGUUGUUGUUGUCUGGAGGACACAAGGAAACAAUCCUCCUGGUUCGGGAGGAAGAACCCACAAAGCAGAGGACAGACCAGUGCCCCCCAUAGAGUCCUGCAUGUUGCACGUCACACUUUGAUACUCGAGACACAUUUCUGAUUGUACUCAAACACUUUAGUCCUGAGCUUUGUUACCCACGAAGGCUAGAAGCUAAGCGACGCUAUGCUACGCUAAGCGACGCUAUGCUACGCUAUGCUACGCUAAGCGGGUGUUCGGGGGUUAAAGUAAUCCGGUUCAUGCUCGUCGUGUUCGAGGACCGUUCACACGACGAGGCUGCAGCUUUAGUUUCAUCCUCUGUGGACCCGGUGCAGGACUCUGGUGGAGGUCUUGGUUUCAAACUAUGCAACGCGGCCCCCCCUCUCCCCCCCUUCAUAUUAUUUAUUCACAGACUUCAUCAGUUCAAUGAGUUGUUCCAUGAUUGUUUUAUUUUAAAGUAACUGCAGGAUUAAACUCUCCAUCUCAAACCUCUCUGGAAGAAGAAGAAGUGUUUGCAGCAUGAUUCAUGUUCAUGAUCCCUCAGCACCGCGCCCACAUGACCUCACAAUGUGGACCAGAUCUGAACCUCCAGGACCAGAGCGGAGGGGGGAACGGGGUCUUUAGGACUCGACUGGAACCAACUGCUGAAAGUUUGAGUCACUAUUGCGCAACAGUGUUUAUUUUAUUAAUAUGAGGCUUUUCUUUCCCUUUGGGUUCAAACAGUAGAAACAUAUCGUCUUUCAGGACUCAUUAAAGAUCAAUAAAGACAUCUGAUCCAGAGUUUUAUUCCAUGCUGGCAUUAAAGAAUAAACCUUUUUAUAACCUAAACAUACUUCCCCUUCAGAUUAAAAUGCGACAGGUUCAUUUAUUUAUUAUGACGAGAUGUUCUUUUGUAGAAGCAGCUUAUAAAUCUAUUAUAUAUUUGUGUAUAAAUGUGUAUUUUAAUAAACGAGGCGUAAAGUCGA